AUGACUGUUGGAGUGGUAUCACAGCAACGUGUUGAUGACUUUGGCAACAGCCUUACUAAUGAAGAAGGUGAGUACUUUUAGAUAAAAAAGGGAAUUUUAAGUAGAUUUGGGGCUUUUUGUAGAAAUGCUUGUUUUAGGUAACAAAUUUUAAAAAUUUUAACAUUUAGGUAACAAAUUUUUCAAAUCCGGAAAUUUAGGUAACAAAAAUUAAAAUUUAAAUAUUUGUGGUUAUAAAAAGGAUAUUUCUUACUUUAUUAACUAAUAUUUUAUGUUUAGGUGGCAUUUUUUCAAAUUUCGAAAUUUUAGGUUACAUUUUUUAAAAUUAAAAAAUUUUAGGUAAUAACUUAAACUUUUUUCAAAAAAAUUUUUGGAAGACACUUUAUAUCAGCAAGGUUCAGACAUUAAAUAUUAAUUGACGUACAUAACCACACAUCAAUAAUUAUCUAUCGAGUUAUCGCCCAAUAAUUACAAACUUUUUUCGCUUUUUCUCAAGUUUUCCCCAAAUUAUCGUUGGUUUAAUUGCUUUCUAAUGAUGUAAACCGUGUUAUCACGCUUGUUUUGGCAUGUUAUCUGUAAAUUUGGGCAAUAAUUUGAUGUUUGAAAGAGUUGACAACAUCAAUUUUUUGUUUUUCGUUUGAGAGUUGAGGAAAAAUAGCGAAAAAAAUCAAAAUUUAGGUAAUAUUUUAGGAAAAUUUUGUUUUUUGAAGUUUUUUUAUUAAUAGGGCUAGGGCAGUAGAAUCAUAAGUAAAAUGGCAGUGGUUAACUAUAUUUUUCAAGAAAUUUAAACAAGUUUUAAUAUUUUAGUUGCUUGCACCGUGCAAAGCUUAAUUACUCCACGGUGCAGUCACUAAAACUCAAUUUUAAAAAUAUUUUUUGAUUUUUAAAACUUUUUGACUCUAUCAAAAACUAAAAGGUUGCGCUCAAUUUGAACUUGUUUUAUACCUAAAAUGAAACUUUGAGUUCUAGGUAAUCAAAGGUUAAAAAACAAGUGAUAAGAGUUUGGUGAUAAAAAAUGAUUUGUUUACAGUUUUCUCAUUCAACCGCUUAAAAGUGUAUGUUUGGUUUAAUUUUCGAGUUGGGUUCGUCUGGAGUACUGUAUUUUUUGUUCGCACGGUGCUAGUUGUUUGGUAAUUGCACCGUGCAGGCAAUUUUAAGUUUUUAAAAUUUUGUUAAUUAAAUUGGCAUAAAUUUAAGAAAGUUGAAAUUGCAUAGGUUGUACAUGUAAUCGAGCGUCUAGGUUGCGAGUUUUAUAGUUUCAAAAGUUUUCGGGCGUCUUGCACGAUGAAAUUUAUAAAACUAGACUGCACUGUGCAGUAAAUUUUAAAUCUUAUAAAAUCACUCCAUGUUUAUUUAAGUAUGUUGUUAGAAAUGAAGUAUCAUUUAAUAAAAAUCGUUUUUUCAGAGCAACGCUUUGAUUCCUUGCUCGAAAUGGCACUACAGCAUAAUACUGUAGAGGAGUUCAAAACCAUCAUGUAUCAUGUAAGUUAUGUUAUAUUUUUUGCAACAAAAAUUAUUUUCUAGGUUCAGGGCAAGUCAAACUUAUUUAUAAAAUCUUUUUUCAUUUACUUUCAAACUUCAUCUUAAAAAUCCUCAAGAUUCUUUAAAAAUCACCUAAAACAAUAUAAUUUUAGAUGCAAGCUGUUCGUCGCCGCAUCGUAGCUUCAAUAUUGGCUUCGGAACCGGUGCAACGUGAAUGGGUAGACUUGUUAAGACACACAUAUAACGUUUUGAACGACAAUAACACAAACAACUUUCAACGGGAAAUGAUCGCAACCACGGGCAACUUUAGUGUUAAUGUUAAGGACGAGAUUAUUGGCUUGCAGGUGAGCGUUUUGAUUUUUUCUUUGGUUUUUAGGUAAAAUACGGUCAGAAGAAUGACAGAGCUAAAUUUUAUGGAUUUUUGGACGUUAUACUUGGUUUACAGACAUGAAAAAUGACUUUUUAGUCUAAUUUGACCUUAUUUUAGGUGUAAACCGUGAUAAAAAUUAAUUUUUAUUAACUUUUGCAGCAAAUUUUAGAGCUAAAUCUUAGUAAAAGUAUUUUUCUAUAAAUUUGUUGACCUAACCAAAGAUAAUCCUUAUUAACAAUGCCAAAUUUGUCUUCAGAAAGACCUGCAAUACUUGGAAUCCCUGCUCCGACUCCAAUCUCAAGGUAUCAAAGUAGCGCUGAAUCAAGUCGAUCUACUCUCGAUCCUCCGACCAUAUCAUCCACUAUCACCCGACCAGUUCAAAGAAGAGUGCAAUAAUUGUUUGGCCUUCCUAAAACGCUUCGUAGUACCGGUACCAGACUCGAAUGGAACCCUAGUCAAGCCGAUCAUGAUCACCGAUUGGGACGGUACUAUGAAGGAUUACUGUAGUCAAUACGCCACGAAUUUGCAGCCGAUUUAUAGUGCCUUAGGGCUGCACCGGUUUGCUCAGGAUUGGACUAGACUAACCGCCGUAUUGACAGCCGGGCCAUUGAGAGGACCUGGCAUUCUGGAUCUGACUGCUUUGCCAAUCGAUGGUAACGUCGUGUUCAGUGGAAGUUGGGGAAGAGAGUGGUGGUUGCAUGGAAAGAGGGUUGUACAUGACGAUGGAAUACCGUCGGAGGGAAGAGAUGCAUUGGAGAGGGUCAAUGAUGAGGUAGGAGAAUAAUGUUGGUACCUUAAUAUGGCAGAUAAUAGGUUUUUAAACUUCGCGGUCAAUUUGUCUCGACCUUUUUAUUAUAAUACGCAUUUUAAUGACAAAAUUAAUGUAUUCCAAAUCAAAAUUAUAAUAAUGUUAUUCAAAAUUUACAAGAAAAAAGAUAUUUUCAGAUGAAAACCCUGUUGACAUCAGGUGAAUACUCUCAAUUUGGUCUGGUUGGCAGUGGAGUUCAACGUAAAGUUGAUCGACUGACUUUGGGCGUUCAAACAGUUUGUAGACAUGUACAACCUGAACUAUCAAACAGAUAUCAAGACGAAAUCAAGGAGAGAAUGUGCAGAGUCGACCCGGAACAUAGGGUAAGUAUAAUAUGAUGAAAAGGGGUAUCAACGACAAAAAUGUCUACUAUAUUAGCUACUACAAUAUCGGAAAUUGAUCAGAAUAAGCAGUUUCUCAACAAUAUGAACAUAAUUUCUAUCAAAACAUACAGAAAAUGCCAUGGGACCAGGGACGUCGCUACGGUUUUUCUCUGGGGGGGUGGGGAGGUCGAAAAAUUUUUUUUGGUCCACAGGUAGCUGCUACCUGUGGACCGAUUUUUCAAAAAAAUUUUUUUUUCGUUUUUCCGCGUACAGGUACCUGUGGAUUUUUUUUCGGAUCGGCUCUGGGGGGGGGGAAUCACCCCCGAACCCCCCCAAACGACGUCCCUGCAUGGGACAUCUCUGUGUACUAUAACAUCGAAAAAGUUAUUACAAUUUCCAUGUAAUAUAGCCAUCACACGAUUCGAUAUUAAUACCUACUACAACAUCAGUAGAACAGAAUCCUAACCCCACCCCUCAUUUCAGACCCUCCACUUUGACCCCUCGACCGAACUCGAGGUGGAAAUCGUGGUACACAACGAUGGUACCGUGUGGAACAAAGCCAACGGAGUGGAACGACUGAUAAAAACCGUCGACGAGUCACUGUCGACCGGUCGAGUGCUAAUUUGUGGCGACACUUCAAGUGACCUGCCAAUGGUACAACAUGCAAUACAAUCCAAUCCUCAAGUAA